GUCACCGUCACCGACCGGACAGGAUACACGACGGUCGCGCGUGCAACAUCCAUCGAUUACACGAUCGUAGGUGCAUCCGUGAAGAUUGGUCGUCGCGUGGCCCUAGAUCGUUUCAUCCGUUCGAGUGACGACAGUUUCGCAAGGAGGACUAUCUCUAGUCAAAAGCACGGAAACAGGACACACAGUUCUAGGAUAAUUAUCCCGUUCCACGUCGAUUCGGUGAUCCGGAUGACCUAGAAACGAUCCGCUGGAACAGCGUUUGUCGCGUGACACGCACCGAAAGCGAGGGAAGCGCGUCGCUAUCUGUCGCUCGAACACGUGGUCGCCGCCGCGCCGCCACGAGGCACGCUCUUGGAACACAGAUUCCCGUCGCGGAGCCUCGCAAUCACCGUCAGGAUGUUCGAUCGGACGUUUCGAUCUGGAUACUCGUAGAAUAGCGAUCCGCGGAUGAUCGAUGAACGAAGAAGAAGAAGAGUGCUCGAGUGUGAGGAUAGUGUGCCGUUGUUGAAACCGGAGUGCCUCCUAUUUUUCCUCUUCGCUUUCUUCUACCUCUUCUUCUCUUCCUCCCUCGACUGACUGACUCUAUCUUCUCUUUCUCUCGCGUGGAGCUGUGGUGAACUCGUCGAACUGUUACGAACGCGCGAUCAAGGGGGAAAAAAGGAAAACGAGUUUGAUCGAACGGGGGAAAAAUCGCAACGAAACAAGUGGGGAAAGUGAGAAACCGUUCACCGGAAGUGCAGCCAACUACUACCCCCGGCUUCAAGGUCAUGGAAUGACGCAUAAGAUCAUUCCGAGCGACGAGCAGGAGCAAAGCCGAGGGUGACAGAAGCGGUGUGAUGAGCGGAUAUCUCGGUAACAUUCCCCUGCCCCCAACGUUGUUGCACGACCCGAAGUACCCUCCAGCCAUGCGGGAGAAAGACUCGAGUCCGAGAAAAAUGCCGGGCCACAUCAGCCCGAAGCAAGCCAGCAUCUAUCCGUUGAGCGUUCGCGUGCCGGACGUUGAAGAAUUGCCAUACGAUUUGAGCCACGGCCACGGUCGUGGCCUGUCGAGUCCCACGAAUCAACAGCAACACCGGCAACAGCCGCAUAUGAGUCCGGCGGCUAGACCACCUCAAUCUCAUCAUCAGGAGGAUCUCGACUGCGAACCGUUGGAUCUUCGCGUCGAUCACAAGAAGGAAAGACUCACGGACGAGAAUCAGAACGAGAUAGAGGUUCUGAACCAAAAUAGUCUCGGCGGAAGUCUUCCCUAUCAUACGGUUCUGUUUCCUCAGCAUCAUGCCGUUCAUCCGUUGGUCCUCGAAGCCAUGUACCGGUCGCACCAUCACAGUUCGUCGGUACCAGAUCUGCCUAAAAUCCAAGUGCGGGCGUUACCGACCAUGGUACCAUUGCCACCGAACAGAUUCUCUUCCACCACUUCCUCCACGUCGUCCUCUUCCUCUCAGGCUGCCGCGAGAGUUCCGAGUCCCUCGAGUGGCCAGCAACAUCAGCCACAGCAACAAAGUCACUCGAGUCAACAGCAGCAGCAACAACAGCAGCAACAACAAGCUUCCAAUCUUCCACCUUACUCCAUCAGCGUUCAAGCCGGUCUAAAGCCGAAGGACAGAUACUCGUGCAAAUUCUGCGGUAAAGUGUUCCCCAGAUCGGCGAACCUGACGCGGCACCUGAGGACGCACACCGGCGAGCAGCCGUACAAGUGCAAGUACUGCGAGAGAAGCUUCAGCAUCUCCAGUAACCUUCAACGUCACGUCAGGAAUAUCCACAACAAGGAAAAACCGUUCAAGUGUCCGCUGUGCGAACGAUGUUUCGGACAGCAGACCAACCUGGACAGACACUUGAAGAAACACGACGCCGAUGGCCCAACGAUACUGGACGAAGUUAGAUCGAGGUACCACGGACAAUUGCCGAGAGCGGACGAGUCUUACUUCGAAGAGAUUCGCAGUUUCAUGGGCAAGAUCACCUCGCAGAGACAAGGAAUACCGUACUUCCCUGGUCUGCUGGGUCAUGGAGGAGACGAUUUCAGGAACGACAAACAACAGCUUCAGCUGGAAGAGAAGAGAGGCGAUUCUUCCUACUUCAGCGACAGGGAUAACCUGAGCUCGAGGUCGAGCAGCACCGCCAGCAGACCCGAGAGCGUGCAAGAGGAGCAACGAGAAGUUAAUUCCCCGCCAUUGUCCCCUGGAAAUAACACCUGAGUCGGGGAAUCCGAUCGUACGUCCGACGAUUUCUCGUCGGGUACGAUUAAUUAGACAUCGAAGUAUCCCCGAAUCGAUACGGUUCCUUGGGAUUCCAAGUUUCGUCGAUACGUCGCCAUCCGUUCGGUGGACGACCGAACCCAUCGCUCGUGAAUAGCGGCCCGUUUACCCGAGGACAAAGUAUCGAUCUUACCGUUGACGAAUUACUUUUACGCAACGGACUUGUUUCGCUAAUUUCACAUUCUCGUGUAAUUCUAACUCUUGGUAACUAGAAUUCAUCGUGUUCAGACGUUGAUCAAACGAAGAGGUGCCUUACAGAACGUGCCUGAAAUGUUUUCCGAAGUAUUUGAUGCGCAGAGACUUACAAUUAGCCGAGGCAGACGAUAAAACUCGACUUUAAGUAGUAUCUUAGUACCAUUAGACGUCAGAUUAUUACGUUCCAGUAGGGCAAGGUGGACUAAUAAAAUACGUGCAAUUCCGUUCUUAAAUUAAUCGACAAGGCAGUGUUAUGGAAGGAACUAUACUAUCGUCGAUCGAAGACAAAAUUUUAUAUAAUUCUAUAAAGUACAAUACCCUUCUGUACUUUGAAGAUUAAUUUACACGGAACGUGUAUAAACGCGCGAGGGCUGACAAACUGUAACUCAAUUCUCGUCGUAUUCGUCCUCUUUUCUCGUCCAGCCGUUUUCAAAAUUAGCAAGUUAGCGGAAUCGCGUAGCUUCUCGUUAGAAUAUUCGCUGCUCGAUUCGAAGGGCAAAGCUAGAUAAUUUCCAGCGAUUGUUGCCAGGAACAGCCAGGAGACGAAAUCGUCGAACAAUACCAAGCACCACAGGGGAAAUACCGAAUGGCUGAAAACGACGCUUCGCGAUUUUACGACCUAGAAAGUGAAUUUUAACCACUCCAUCGCCUCGAUCCUAAUCCGCGGUGUCGAUCACCGACGACCGACUAUGAAAUAGAAAUCGAUGGGCGGAUCCGUGCGGUCGUCGAUCGUCCUCGGCCGGAAAGAACGAGAAACUCGAUGCCCGCGACACGAGUCGUUAAGUUCUUCGUUGAGUUCGUCAUCGAGGAAGUUGGAGACGCGACGUCAGAGCGUGGAACGGUUUUCAUAAAGCAAGAAAUCAUCGAAAGAACGGGUUGUCUUGGCAUUCGAGUUGUCCGCGGAUCGUUAUAGCCGUCCGUAUCGUCGACUUUCAUUUAUCGAAUUAGAAAAGUUGAACGCGCAGAGAUUACGCAAAGUUUAAACCGAUGAAACGAUCAUGCAAAGAUGAAACGGAUCAAAGGAUUAUGCAAAGAUGGAGAAAUUAACGGCGCACUUUAGGAUGAAUCUUACAUCGAAGAUAAAUAACACCGAAUACGUGGGAAAACACGCAGGAAAAGCAGCUUCCUGUAGCCGACCAUUACCAGAACGACUCGAUGAAGCUGGUAAAGGCGCCAUAGGCCGGAUCCCACACGAUCCUACGUGCCCCUGGUUUCCUGCGGAUGAUCGCUGGAAACCGUACCCGGGGCGAAACGAUCCGAUCGCUUUCCGUUCGUGGUUACGAAUUCAUCUGAACUUUCUAAUCGACGCGAGUGUACGGGUGGCGUUUCGACCUUGGGAGUAAGCGGGACCCGCUUCGAUUAAUUACGCUCGAUCUAGAUCGAACAGCCGGCCAACGGAGUACCGUACGAACGCUUCUAAAAUUGGCACCGGAUGGUUACGUGGGCGACUCGUAAUCCGCUAGAAAUCCGGCUGGUGGAAAGUUGGACGUUUUUUGCACUCAUCUUGCACGGAUUGAAUGAAAUUGGCCGGGUUUCGUAUUUACGACGCGGUGGAUCAUUGAGCAACGACUGGGUGAUUGGCAAGAGAGGAAACUCGGUGCGAGAAACGUGGAAUCACGGUACCAAAGAUCGAAACGGUAGCGAAACGAAAAAUUCCGCGAGAAGAUUAGCGAGGAAGGAAUUUCGCUUCGGAAACAUGGAAAUUAGGGAAAUUAAAGCGCACGAGAGUAGAGGGAAGCGAGUGGAAAAGCGAGAGGGAGGUUGGAAGCGAUGGAAUCGGCUGCCGGCACGGUACUAGGUGGCAAUUUAUCGGUACUUUCUACCAUGUACCGACAUUCACUGUAAGUAGCGCAGGUGCAGAGGUGCACGAUAUGGCGAACCACGCGGUCAGGAGAUCAUCUUGACCUUGGUAAAUACGAUCGACGAGCGAUUAAGCGAAAAGCGCGACGAGGAGAGGCCUGGGCGUAUUCUUUCCCAAGGAAUCCGAAGAAACGGUGGCGCGGAGGAUUCGAGUGGUGACGCGUGAGAAACUAUUUGCGCUUUCUAAUUUGAAAUGUCGGCGAUCUUCUAAAUUACAGGAGCCGCCGACUAAAUGAAACGCGAACCUCGAACAACCGCGACCUUGAUAUCUAGCCGAUAAAAAUCGUCAUCGACUGGCAAAUGCAACGCAUUGCAACAAACAAACGCGAUAAAAUCGUCCCUGGAAUCGUAAACGACGGAAAAACUAACGUCGCUUUUGCUCGACGCAACUUUGGUAGGAAACUUUGCAACUAGAAUUCUACUGAAUGUUGAAUACCAAUAACCGGAAGAUUGGCGACAGAGUUGAAACAUUGAAAUUUAUUUCACGAUGCGAAGCUACGAAACGGUCGACAGGAGUUUGUCUGGAAGUCGGGAAAUGGAGAGAGAGAGAGAGAGAGAGAGAGAGAAAGAGGCGGUGGAGUUCCUUUCGUCAAUGCAUCAGCAUGCGCAUCUGGAAUCGGAGGAUCCGCGCGCGGCAUGCAACGACGUGUGUGUUCACAAAAUCCAUUUUAAGAGCGAACCGAUUUCGUAAGGAGAUCGAUGCAACGCGUUACGAGGACGUGGCCCGAGGUGUGACUAAGCUUCUACGGUAUAGAUAUCUCUCUCCUCCGCGGCGCUACGCGAACGAAGCCUCGAGAGAGGAUGGCAGGCCCUGUUUUUCUUGCCUCACGCAUACGAUCCCGACCGACGAUGGCCUCGGACCUCUGUUGCGUUACACUUUUGCCACGCCCCGAUCGGACGGGCAAGCUCAUCGCGAAAGUGAAACGCAAUAAAAGAGUCACAUCGAAGCGAGAGAGUCUCGACAUCCAUGAAACGUUAACAGAGAGAUACAGCCGAGAGAAGGAACGAACGAAUCGACGAGUCCUCGCGGAUCCAGACGAAGAGAACGGUGGACGAACGUCCGAACGAGGAGAAAGAAAGAUCGAUCGAAACCCACGAGCCUUGGAAAUCGAUUUCCUCGCCACCUCCCACAGUCACCGAUCCGACGUAUUUCGACCGAAAUUCCGCAGUCGGUUUAACUCGUCGAUCCCCGAUCCCCGAACCCCGAUCCCGUUGCACGUGCUACUCCUCGAAUGUCUCCUCUCCCUUCUGUCUUCGUUUCGUCUUCAGAAAUCAACUCGUACGCGAGCGUAUACUCGAAUAAAGCUAACACCGCGAUUCUGCUCCUCUCGUUCUAAAUCGUUCAACGUAAUAGCGAAGCGAAGCCACCACUUUCCAGAAAAAUACGCGAAUCUCCGUUUGGAGUGGUCGCUAGUUUCCACGCUAGGCGAUCCGUCGACCAGUUGCCUGAAAAAAAAAAAGAGGCCGCGAAAUUUCUCGGAGACGAGUCUAUCCACAAAAUCGCGGCGUGUUCUCACGUCCGAGCGCCGGUUUUUUCGAUCUCAUCUCGUUCCAGUUUGCACGCGUGAUUUCACUGGACAGGUUAGCACGAUUCGAAUUACGACAGCCUGUUGUUACGAGGACAGGGAAAAACAUCGUACGAAAAAGAUCCGACG